AUGUCUAAUUUUAAUGAAUCUGCAUCUAACCUCACUCAGAGACUGACUGAUCAAAAUGCACCAACGAAGGCAUUUUUGAUUGUGACACCAAGUAUUGUUUUCCUUUAUGUCAACGGGGUCAUGAUCUUCACUUUGAGGAAAAAGACUGUUUUUCAGGAAAUGUCUCGCUAUAUUCUGUUUGGUCACAUGCUUUGGAUCGAUACAUUGAAUAUUUUUAUGAGUGUAGUUUUGUUUAUAUGUGCUAUCAGUAGGAUUUUAAUAAUCAGAAACAUCUGUCUUGCUCUUGUCAUUUCUGCAAAAGCUCUCUUUCAUGUCUCUAUCUUAAAUCUGUCAUUAAUGUCACUGGAGAGAUAUGUGGCCAUCUGUUUUCCUCUCAGACAUGCAGAAUUUACCAGUUUUAAAAUUACUCACACAGCUAUUGGUGUUGUUUGGGUCUUGGGAUUGAUUCAGUGUUUGUCUGAAAUCAUUAUCUUUUAUUCCUUUGAUCCUGCAAACACCGUUCUGAAUUCAUUUUGCUCAAGAAUUGCUCUUUUCAAACUGCAGAUCUAUAAGAGCAUUGAUAUAGCUUUCACGUGUAUAUUUUUUGUGUUGGUGUCUUUUGUUAUAAUCUUUACAUAUGCCUCUAUAGCAGCUGUGGCUAAAACAGCUGCCUGUGAUAAACUGUCAGCCAAAAAAGCUAAUAAGACUGUUCUUCUGCAUUUAAUACAGCUGGGUCUUGGUGCAAUGUCUAUCUUAGUUGGAGUUGUCCAAGAAGCUAUUUAUAUAUCUAUUGACUAUAUUACUGCAGUAAAUGUGAUGUAUAUUUGCUUUGUAGUUUUUGUAAUUCUUCCUAAGUGUCUAAGUCCUCUUAUAUAUGGCAUGAGAGAUCAAGUGUUUUUCUGUCUGUUCAAAUAUUACUUCACAUUUGGUAAAGGUAAAGUCAAACCAGUUAUAAUAGAGCUACAUGUUUAA